AUGCCCACGCUUGAGGUUUCGCAUUUUAAUAUCGUACUCUCCCUUUUGGGUGGCUGGUUAUCUUUAUUCGGGUUGGUGUCAUAUUUGGUCAAAGAGAGUCUCUACAUUUCUGAGGCCUUAAUCUCCCUCUUGGCCGGCGCAGCUUUCUCCCCCUACGCUGCCAACCUGAUUGAUCCCUUAGAGUACGCGGGAUCUCGCAUCAACCUCACCAGCGCUACUCUUAAUUUCACCCGGCUUGUCCUUGGAAUCCAACUUGUCAUCGCUGGUAUUCAAUUGCCAAGCCGUUAUCUAGUGAAAGAAUGGAGGUCCCUAGCCUUACUUCUUGGUCCUAUCAUGACGCUCAUGUGGGUGACAACAAGCUCCAUCAUCUGGUUCAUGAUCCCAAGGUUGCCUUUCCUACAUGCUCUUGCUAUCGGCGCCUGUGUCACUCCGACCGAUCCGGUUCUUUCAAGUGUUAUCGUGAAAGGAGGAUUUGCGGAUCUGAACAUCAGCAAGGACCUUCAGAAGAUUGUCAUCGCGGAAUCCGGGUUAAAUGAUGGGCUUGGCUACCCAUUCCUGUUCUUCGCGCUGUAUCUGAUAAAGUACACCGGGGUCGGGGCGGAGACUGAAUCCGGAGGCGCGGCACACGCGAUUGGACUCUUCCUAGGUGAGACGUGUGGCUACGUUGUUCUUCUAAGUAUCGUUUACGGCGCAAUCGUCGGUUGGGUCGCCAAACGACUACUCCGCUUCUGCGAUGAUCGCGGCUUCAUCGACCACGAAUAUUCCAUGGUCUUCGCUAUACCUCUGUCGCUGUUUAUUCUGGGGACUUGCGGUCUUAUUGGUAGCGACGAUAUCUUGGCGUGUUUUGUCGCCGGCAAUGUCUUUACUUGGGAUGAUUGCUUGCUACAACCUACGAUCGACACCCUCCUUAAUGUUGCUAUCUUCAUGUGGUACGGUGUCGCCUGCCCAUGGAACCUGUUUUGGGAAAACGAUACCAUCUCAUUUUUCAAUUUGAUCGUUCUGGGUGCACUUAUCCUUCUGCUCCGCCGUCUUCCAUACAUAUUCGCUUUUCGUUCGCUGCUCCCCCAAACUAGAACCAGGAAGGAUGCCGCCUUUAUGGGAUUUUUCGGACCCAUAGGCUGUUCAGCCAUGUUCUAUCUUUACAUCACGAUGGAGUUCGUCAACGGUCUCAAGGUAGGCGAUGGGCAGGAGUUCCGUGAAGACGUCAAGUUCCUCCGCCAGGAUGUGAGGGUUGUUGUUUGGUUCCUGAUGAUAUGUAGUGUGGUGGUCCACGGGCUCUGCAUACCCCUUGGUAAUUUGAGUCUGCAUCUGAGACGGGCUGCUAGCGGUAACCUCCAACUUGGACUACAGAAUUACCGCACUGGUGCAUCUUUGUUGUCGUCUGAGGGAGAGCGUCAGCCUAUCUUGGGGAGAAGGCUCUAGGCCAAUAUCUCAGAAAUAUAGCAGAAGUUCAAUUGAAAACCAUGGUCAACAUUAACAGAGUCA